AUGGGGUCCCGCCAACAUCUAAACCAGAACGAAAUAGCUUCAAUGUUAGAAAAUGAUGACGAUUAUUCUCCGCUGGAUUCGGACUCCGAGCAAGAAGAUUGUUUAGUUGAAGAUGAUGUCAGGAGUGAUAACGAAGACGCAAUGGUCGACUUCAUUGAGGAUACAAGCCCUACAAGCAGACAAGACGACCCCGAAAACCAUGUUGCUUCUCUGGAAUCGACUAAUCUUGAGGUAACUUCAUCUACUUCACAUAGAAUUAUUACAUUGCCUCAGCGGUCAAUACGUGGCAAAAAUAACCAUGUAUGGUCAACUACAAAGGGACGUACGACGGGAAGGACUUCUGCUAUCAAUAUUAUACGUACAAAUAGAGGACCAACGCGAAUGUGUCGUAAUGUUUUUGACCCUUUGCUCUGUUUUCAACUUUUUAUAACGGACGAGAUAGUUGAUGAAAUAGUCAAGUGGACAAACGUGGAGAUGAUAAUAAAACGACAAAAUUUGAAAGAAAUUUCGGCAAGCUACAGGGAUACAAAUGCAAUGGAGGUCUGGUCGUUAAUUGGAAUACUCACUCUGACGGCUGUUAUGAAAGAUAACCACCUCUCAACUGAUGAGUUGUUUGACGCUUCAUUCUCUGGCACCCGGUAUGUAUCGGUAAUGAGCCGAGAGAGAUUCGAAUUUCUUCUUAGAUGUUUGAGAAUGGACGAUAAAUCACUGCGGCCAACUCUUCGUAGCGAUGAUGCUUUUGUACCGGUGAGAAACAUUUGGGAGAUUUUUAUCAAUCAAUGCAGAUUGAACUACGUACCUGGCAGUAACUUGACUGUAGAUGAGCAAUUGUUAGGUUUCCGAGGCCGUUGUCCAUUCCGCAUGUACAUACCCAAUAAACCCGAUAAAUAUGGGAUAAAAUUCCCCAUGAUGUGUGACGCUUCAACAAAGUACAUGAUAGAUGCCAUACCUUACCUUGGUAAAAGUACGAAAACAAAUGGUCUACCAUUAGGCGAGUUUUACGUCAAAGAGUUGACUAAAACAGUACACGGAACAAACAGAAAUGUUACAUGCGACAACUGGUUUACGUCGGUCCCAUUAGCUAAAAACUUGCUCCAGACUCCAUACAACCUAACAAUAGUAGGAACCAUCAGGUCAAAUAAAAGAGAAAUACCCGAAGAGAUAAAAAACACUCGUUCACGGCCGAUACGUCUAAUCUUAAAAAAGUUUAAAGGCUAUAACGAGGAAUCACUCACUACUGGCCAGUGA